AUGUCUGAUACUUUGAGUGAUAUAAUCCUGUGGAGGAAGAAGAGGCAGAGUUUGCUGACUCUUUUGACAGCAACAGCAACAUGGGUUUUACUCCAAGUCUACCAAUUCAACUUCCUCACUCUGAUUUCAUACCUGGCCAUGUUUAUUGUUGCUUCGUUGUUUCUUUCAGGCAACUUGCUCAGGCUUCUUGGCAAAGCGCCUCCAGACUUGUCAAGAGUGGGAACUUCGGAGAAGUCAGCUUCGGAGAUGGGCAAUACCAUUCGAGCAUGGGUCGAAGAGGGAAUUCGAUGGAUGUUUUGGGUUGCUGCAGAGAGAGAAUGGUUUGUAUUUGUUGGAACUGUCUCUGGUUUGUUGCUAGUCUCCCGUGUAGCGACAUCCAUCGAUCUUCUUACCCUUUUAUAUAUAGGUAUUGUCACGGGCAUGACAGUUCCAGCAAUGUAUGUCAAGUACCAGGACAAGAUAGAGUGGGGCGAGGAGAAAUUAAAGGCACAAUUGAAAAGGUAUUACGACAUGGUUGAUGAGAAGGUAGUGAAGAAGAUACAGAACAAGCUUGUGACAGUCCGGGAAGAGAAGGAGAAGAAGGUCGAGUAGCUGCUUAUAAUUUGCAUGCCUUGCUUGGAAAUUAAUUGCAUGUAAAAUUUCUCGAGUAGGUAUCUUGACCUUGUGUGCAAGCUUAGUUGUAAAUUGUGGAUCACUCAUUGAUCAAGCCCAUGCCUUGAUCUUGUGUAUUCUAUAUAUAGUAUACCUGUGUAGUU